AUGAAAGAGAGAAAAUCGAGCAAGGUUAACAGUAAUAAUAAUCAUCUCACCCAAGACAAUCACCAGAAUGGGCACUUGUCUCCGUUUAAACUCGCUAAGUUGUUCGAUGCCGAUGCUUCUUGGGACAAGGAUCAACUAGGUGAUGUACUACACUGGAUCCGGCAGGUGGUAGGUCUUUUAUGCGGACUAUUAUGGGGUGCCAUUCCUUUGGUUGGAGGCAUUUGGAUAAUUCUGUUCCUUGUGUUAUCCUCUGGGGUAAUAUAUGGUUACUAUUCAAUGAUACUAAAGGUCGAUGAAGAAGAAUAUGGUGGGCAUGGAGCUCUUCUCCAGGAGGGGCUUUUCGCUUCUUUCACGCUUUUUCUGUUGGCAUGGAUUCUUGUCUACAGUUUAGCACACUUCUGA